CCGACCUUAUUAACAAAAGCUCAGUUUUGUCCCUGCGGACCCAACCAGCAGAAGGGACUGGACGAGCUGUGGCUCUCUGCCAGAGGGGUCGGGCGCCCUGCAAACAGUUGCAGGCAUCCUUUAUCAUGCCCUGCUCAGAGGGAGUCCUGAGGCUUGGCAGUCUUGAAGUUUUCAAAGCCGCAGCAGCAGCAGCUUCAAGAAGACCAGCAAAGACAGUGGAGUGUGUAUGUGACCUUCAGUUCUACAUUUUCUUGUUGGGUGGGUUAAUGGAUUUUUAGUACAAAGAAAGCUAAAACUCAGCUGACCUGAAAGACUGGAAUUUCAGCUCUCUUUCCUUCCCUGGCUUGUUUUUCCUCCCCCUUCCUCUCAAAGUCCUUUAAACCAGAGAUUACCGGGUCAGUGACUCUUAUCCCGCCUGCCUGGGCCAAGGGUUUCUAGCUUUUUGGCUUGGAAAGGAAAACCACUAUCUGAUUAAGAAAGCACUGGGGAGGCACAUUAAUCUUGCCGGCGUUGUCAGGAGGGAUCAGCAAGUUUUAUUAAAAGCCCCUGGGAUUGCCUGAAAGGCCUCCUUGUCCGAGUUUGAAAUGAAAGGGACAUGUUAAGAUCUUGGGGCACAUUGUCGGGACCCUUUGCCCUGCCCCUUGGACUAUGAGCUGACAUCCCCCGAGGAAGCACAGAAACCCUCCUUUGUUGAAGGGAUUUCGUUGGUGGACGAAACCAGUUGGCCAGUGUCAGCAUGAGCUCCCUGAGCUGGGGUGGGCUGAACACCCUGCUGCUGCUGCUGCUGCUGCUCCCAGGCUGGGCCAGCCCCACCUUCGUCAGCACUAACCGUGGGGUCAGGGUGGUGAAGGGCAGCUCCGCCUUCCUGUCUGGAGAUGACCUGAAGUUUGCCAUUCCCAAAGAGAAAGAUGCUUGCAAAGUGGAAGUUGUGAUGAAUGAGCCAAUAACCCAGAGAGUUGGGAAACUCACUCCACAGGUCUUUGACUGCCAUUUCCUUCCCAAUGAAGUAAAGUAUGUUCACAAUGGCUGCCCACUUCUCCAUGAAGACACAGUAAAGCUUAGACUUUACAGAUUUACUGAGACAGACACCUUCAUGGAAACCUUUAUCCUGCGGGUCUAUCUCCUGGAACCAGACUGUAACAUCAUCCGUAUGAGUAACAAUGUGCUGGAGGUGUCUGAAUUCUAUGGCCUGUCCAGAGCCAUUGACAAGAACCUGCUCAGAUUUGAUUAUGAUAGGACAGCCAGCCUGGAAUGUACAGUCAGGCUGGACCCUUUGGGAACUCUGCUGCCGGCCCAUGGCCAGAUGGUUCUGGUGGAGCCCCAGCCAGGAGAACAUCGUGGAGAUCAGCCACACAGUUUUUUCCCUGAGUCUCAAUUGGGAACAGAACUGAGGUGUCCAGGUGGAAGCUGUACCCUGGGACUGAAGAAAAUAGGAAGUCUCAAAGUGAGCUGUGAGGAGUUCCUGUUGAUGGGGCUUCGAUAUCAACAUAUGGAUCCCCCUUCUCCCAACAUUGAUUAUAUUGCCAUCCAACUGGACCUCACAGAUAGCAGGAGUAAGAUCGUAUACAAGUCAGAGAGUGCGUGGUUGCCCGUCUACAUUAGAGCUGGCAUUCCUAAUCAGAUUCCAAGGGCUGCAUUCAUGGCCAUGUUUAUUCUGGAAGUGGAUCAGUUCAUCCUGACCUCUUUGACUACAUCGGUUCUGGACUGUGAAGAGGAUGAGACCCCUAAGCCCUUGCUGGUGUUCAAUAUUACAAAAGCCCCACCCCAGGGCUAUGUGACUCACCUGUGGGAUCACACCAGACCGGUCUCUUCAUUUACCUGGAAAGAUCUAAGCGACCUGCAGAUUGCCUAUCAGCCACCAAACAGCAGCCAUUCUGAGAGGAGACAUUAUGAGGUGGAGUUGGAGGUGUAUGACUUCUUCUUUGAAAGGAGUGCACCUAUUGCAGUCCACAUCUCCAUCAGAACAGCAGACACAAACGCCCCGCGAGUGUCCUGGAACACAGGUCUGAAUCUCCUGGAGGGCCAGUCUCGGGCCAUCACUUGGGAACAGUUUCAGAUUGUUGACAAUGAUGACAUUCGUGCUGUCCGUCUAGUCACUGUGGACGGACUGCAGCAUGGACGUCUUACACUAAGAGGUGGGAAAGGAUUUCUCUUCACCGUGGCUGACCUUCAGGCUGGAGUUGUUCGCUACCAUCAUGAUGACAGCGACUCCACGAAAGACUUUGUGGUCUUCAGGAUAUUCGAUGGCCAUCACAGCAUCCGCCAUAAGUUUCCCAUCAACAUCUUGCCCAAAGACGAUAGUCCCCCAUUCCUCAUAACCAACGUUGUGAUUGAACUGGAGGAGGGGCAGACCAUACUGAUCCAGGGUUCCAUGCUGAGAGCUUCAGACAUGGACUCCAGUGAUGACUACAUCUUCUUUAACAUCACAAAACCCCCGCAGGCUGGAGAGAUCAUGAAGAAGCCAGGGCCAGGACUGAUAGGUUAUCCUGUUCCUGGCUUUCUGCAGAAAGAUCUGUUUAAUGGCAUCAUUUACUAUCGUCACUUUGGUGGAGAAAUCUUUGAAGAUUCUUUUGAAUUUGUCCUGUGGGACAGCCAUGAACCUCCAAAUCUCUCAGUGCCACAGGUGGUGACAAUCCAUAUCACUCCAGUGGAUGACCAGCUUCCAAAAGAAGCUCCCGGAGUUUCUCGGCAUUUGGUUGUCAAGGAAACUGAGGUGGCCUACAUAACUAAGAAACAUCUACAUUUCAUAGAUAUGGAAUCAUACGACAGGGAGUUGCUCUACACAAUAACAAUGCCUCCGUUUUUCUCCUUCAGCCACAGACACUCGGAUGCUGGGAAAUUAUUCAUGGUAGACAGCAUACCAAAGCUAACCAAGAAUCCUGCAGCCCCGGGGCUGAGGUCGUUCACUCAGCAUGCUGUGAAUUAUAUGAAAGUGGCCUACAUGCCACCCAUGCAGGAUAUAGGCCCCCAUCUACAACGUGUCCAGUUUGCAUUUUCCGUCAGUAACCAGCAUGGCGGCACUUUGCACGGGAUCUGCUUUAACAUCACGAUUCUUCCAGUGGACAAUCAAGUUCCUGAGGUAUUUACCAACCCUCUGAGAGUGGCUGAGGGAGGUCAAUGCAUCGUCAGCACAGAGCACAUUCUGGUUUCUGAUGUGGACACCCAACUGGACAGUAUCUACCUCUCCCUGCAGAGACCCCUUCCACAUGGAAGGGUGGAGCUGAACGGAUUUCCUCUAAACACAGGGGGCACAUUUUCUUGGGGAGACCUCCAUACCUUAAAAGUUAGGUAUCAGCAUGAUGGAUCUGAGGUACUUCAGGAUGACAUACACUUGGAGGUCACAGAUGGCACGAAUUCAGCAGAAUUUGUUCUCCACGUUGAGGUACUCCCUGUAAAUGAUGAGCCACCAAUCCUAAAGGCGGACCUCACUCCCAUGAUGCAUUGCUCAGAGGGCAAUGAGGUGAUCAUCACCUCUGAAUACAUUUUUGCUACCGACAUAGACAGUGAUGAUUUGAAACUGAUGUUUGUGAUCGCUCGAGGACCUCAGCAUGGGGUGGUGAGGAGAGCUGGAGUCACAGUGGAUAAGUUCUCUCAGGGAGAUGUUAUCUCAGGGGCUGUGACCUACAAACACACAGGUGGUGAGAUUGGCCUGGUGCCUUGUUUUGACACCAUUACAUUGGUGGUUUCGGAUGGAGGAGCUGGCCCUUUUGUGAAUGGCUGUUGCUACAAUGGACCUCAGCCAUCUGUUCCUGUUCAUGACUCCUUUCCAGUGUAUGAUCUCAACAUCACAGUGCAUCCAGUGGACAACCAACCACCUUCAGUUGCAAUAGGUACCAUGUUUGUUGUAGAUGAGGGGUUCUCAGCAGCCCUAACCGUUAACCAUUUGUCGGCCACUGACCCUGACACUGCAGCAGAUGACUUGGAAUUUGUUUUGGUUUCUCCUCCCCAGUUUGGCUACCUUGAAAACAUGCUCCCUUCUGCAGGUUUUGAAAAAAGCAAUAUGGGCAUAAGUAUAGCUUCAUUUCAGUGGAAAGACAUGAAGGCUUUGCACAUUAACUAUGUGCAGUCCAGGCAUCUUAGGAUGGAACCGACUGCCGACCAGUUCAUGGUGUACGUCACAGACGGGAAGCAACGGUCUUUGGAGACAACAUUUUAUGUCAUAAUCAACCCCACAAAUGAUGAAGCUCCUGACUUUGUAGUGCAGAAUUUUACUGUGUGUGAGGGUCAGAUGAAAGAGCUGGAUUCUUCCAUCAUCAGUGCUGCUGACCUGGACAUCCCCAAGGACCCUUUGCUGUUCAGCAUCACUCAUAAACCACGUCAUGGCUUCCUCAUCAACGGGGUGUUUAGCAAAGACUUUCCUCGGUCUAAGCAGCCAGCCAACCUUGACCAGAAGCAUGAACUUGUUCACAACUUUUCCAUGGAACUUCUCCAGAAUGGAAUGAGGUUGAUAUAUGUGCAUGAUGACUCAGAGAGCCUUGCUGAUGACUUUACAAUCCAGUUGUCUGAUGGGAAACAUAAGAUACUUAAAACCAUUUUGGUAGAGGUCAUCCCAGUUAAUGAUGAGAAACCAAUGCUGAGCAAGAAGGCUGAAAUUGUAAUGAACAUGGGUGAAACUCGUGUUAUUCCUAGUGCUGUGCUUUCAGCCAUAGAUGGAGACUCACCCAGGGAGAAGAUUUACUAUUUAUUUGAAAGGCUUCCCCAAAAUGGGCAACUCCAGCUUAAGAUAGGGAGGGACUGGGUCCCGCUCUACCCUGGCCUGAACUGCACUCAGGAAGAAGUGGACCUGAACUUGCUGAGAUACACACACACUGGGGCAGUGGCUUCCCAGAGCCAGGACAGCUUCACCUUCUCCCUCUGGGAUGGCAACAACAGGUCACCUGCAUUUGACUGUCACAUCAUCAUCAACGAUAUGGGAAAAGGUGAUAUUGUCAUCCUUGCAAGACCACUUGUGGUGUCUAAAGGUGACAGAGGUUGGUUGACGAGCGCCACUCUCCUUGCUGUGGACGGAGCGGACAAGCCUGAGGAACUGCUGUAUGUCAUUACCUCCCCACCGCGACAUGGCCGGGUCGAAUACGCCCGCCAUCCCGGAGUCCCCAUUACGAGCUUCAGCCAAAUGGACAUAGCAGGACGGACAGUCUGCUAUGUCCACAACAGCAAGGCAGCUGUCUCCAGCGACACAUUCAGAUUCACGGUCAGCAAUGGGCUGCAGACCAAGCCCGGGGUGUUUGAGAUCACACUGGAGACUGUGGACAGAGCCUUACCCGUGGUGACCAGGAACAAGGGGUUGAGACUGGCCGAAGGGGCCACAGGUCUUCUUUCCCCUCACCUCCUUCAGCUGACCGACCCUGACACUCCAGCGCAGAACCUCACCUUCCUUUUGGCCCAGCUCCCACAACAUGGCCAGCUCUACCUAUGGGGGACAGUGCUGCUUCAACACAAUUUCACUCAGCAGGAUGUGGACAGCGGGAAUGUGGCCUACAGGCACUUGGGAGGGGACUCUCAGAUUGACCGCUUUACGUUUGUGGCCACAGAUGGGACAAACCAAGGCUUCAUGAUGGAUGGGAGAGUGUGGCAAGAACCUGUUUCAUUCACUAUCCAGGUGGACCAGUUGGACAAAACAGCCCCGCACAUCACACACUUGCAUUCCCCUUCUCAAGUGGGGCUCCUGAAAAACGGCUGUUAUGGGAUUUACAUCACUUCCCACGUGUUGAAGGCAUCGGAUCCUGACACCGAGGACAAUCAGAUCAUCUUUAAGAUUUUACGAGGCCCCCAACAUGGACAUCUGGAGAACACAACAACAGGUGAAUUUAUCCAAGAGAAAUUUAGCCAAAAGGACUUAAACAGUAAGACCAUUCUUUACAUCAUAAACCCAUCUUUGGAAAUAAAUUCAGAUGUCAUGGAAUUUCAAAUCAUGGACCCCACCGGGAACUCUGCCACUCCUCAAAUUCUGGAACUGAAGUGGUCUCAUGUUGAAUGGUCACAGACUGAAUAUGAGAUCUGUGAGAACAUGGGCAUGUUGCCCUUGGAAAUUACCAGAAGGGGAUAUUCCAUGGACUCAGCCUUUGUGAGUGUGAAGGUCAACCAAGUGUCAGCUACAGUUGGGAAAGAUUUUACCCUGACUUCAUCUAAACUGAUUCAGUUUGACCCAGGAAUGUCAACUAAGAUGUGGAAUAUAGCAAUUACCUAUGACGGAUUAGAGGAAGAUGAUGAGGUCUUUGAAGUAAUUCUGAACUCCCCUGUGAAUGCAGUUCUUGGCACAAAGACAAAAGCUGCAGUGAAAAUUUUGGACUCAAAAGGAGGACGAUGUCAUCCUUCAUAUUCCUUCAAACCAAACAAACACAGCGCGUGGGAGAAGGGCAGUUGGCGCCCGCUGUCCCCAGAGUCUUCCUCACUCACCAAUUCUGGUUCCUCUCAUCUGGAAAGAAGACGCCUGCCAUCUUCCAAGCAGCUAGCAGUCACCAGGGGAGACACCCUGCAGGGCUUUGAUUCCACGAAUCCUCCCAGAAUGAAGCUUAGGACCCGCGGGAAUGGCAAAACAGUCCAUCCAUCCUCUGUUUAUAGAAAUGGAACAGACAUCAUCUAUCAUUAUCAUGGAAUAGUGUCGCUGAAACUGGAGGACGACAGUUCCCCAACUCACAGGAGGAAGGCCAAAGUCUCCAUUAUUAGUCAGCCACAAAAGACAGUCAAAGUGGCAGAACUACCUCAAGCAGAUAAGGUGGAAUCCACAACUGACUCACACUUCCCCAGACAGGACCAGUUGCCCUCAUUUCCAAAGAACUGCACACUGGAAUUAGAGGGACUCUUCCACUUUGAAGAAAGCCUCCAAAAGCUGUACAAGUGCGAUGGGGUUGCCUGGAAAGCAUGGAGCUCCCAAACUAAGGAGGUGGAAGCCAAAUCCUGCCCAGCUGGGUGGCACCAUCACUCGGGCUACUGCCACUCCUUGAUCACAGAGCCGAAAGGCACCUGGACCACAGCUGCCCGAGCUUGCAGGGAACAUCACCUGGGCAGCCUUGUAACUGUACUCUCCAGGCAGCACAUGCGAUGGCUCUGGAGCAUCAGUGGAAGAAAGUCCUUUUGGAUAGGUUUGAAUGACAGAGCGCGUGCUGGCCACUGGGAGUGGAUCGGUGGCGAAACUGUCACCUUCACCAACUGGAGGAGAGGGCCCCCUCAACAUUCAAAGUCUGGAAAGAACUGUGUUUUGGUUCAAAGACAAGGGAAAUGGCAGACAAAGAACUGUAGGAAAGGCAAGCGUCACAAUUAUGUAUGCUCCAGGAAACCCUAAAUGUCACUAGCCUUACAGGUGUCCGCUUGAGAUAUCUCACCUAUUUAUUUACAGGAUUUGUGCAUAUUGCUUAAGAGAAAACAAGGAGUCAUGAUUGACUUGGUACAGUUUUUUAUCAUAGUGUAUGAGUGAUUCUAUCUAGUGAAAAAGGAGCACAGAUGAAUAGUUCCAGGAAGUUGGAUAAACAAGCGUUUCUUAGAGAAAGUGAUACAAUUCUUGCACCUCAAUGCCUUUCAAAAUAAAUGCCUCAAAUAUUAUAAGAUACACGAUUUGCCGAUUCCAGAAGAUGCCCACACCGACCCCACUCCAAAUCUCAGUCAGUACCCAUUUCAUGGUCCUUGGAUUUUUUUUUUUGUCUCAACACCUCAAAUGCGUCCAUUUUGAAAUCUAUAUUGCAAGUGCUUCUAUCACUUCAGUCUGAAGCUAACCCUACCAGUUCAUUAAAUCAAAGCUGGACUGCGAAGGGUUGCUUUGUCCCUUUGCAGCCCUUUUAAAUGUGAAACCUGAGAUUAGAGGCUCUGGAUAAAAAGGAGAAUUCUCUGUGGUGAAAAAGGAAGGCUUUAGAUGGAAGAAUCUUGCAGAUGGAAGCUCAUCUGUAAAUCUCUAGUUCAGGUAAGAAUUCAGGGGCUACCUGUCCUUCAGAGAUCUACCCAUCACUACCCAUGAGACAGAUCUCCUUUUCCCAAAAGAAUGUUAGCAUCGUACGUUUGCAAAGCUCAUGAUUGGGUUGCCCUGGCCUUACAGAAUAGUGAGAAAUUUGAAGUAAUAUAAGCCUCUCUCCUCAUUCAUGUUUAUAGUACUAACUAGCAUUUCUCAAGGAUAUUUGGAAUUAAGAGUAUAUAUGAAUGAUUGUUAACAUAUGGAAGAAAAAUACUGCUUCUUCAGAAGUGUCCCAAUGAACUAUGCUGAUGAACAAAAAAAAUAAUACUGAAAACAGAGCCUUGAAAGCUUGUAUUCUCAGAAUGGAUUUUGAUACAAUUUUUAGUCCUUAAAUCUUUUAAUAUUUGUAGAAAUGCCAUGUUAACUUGAUUCUCUAAUGUAAAGGUAAUUUAUUCAUUUGUAAUGUCAGCUGAGUGAAACAUUUUGCAGCAGCGAAGUAUAUUUGCAGGCUUACAAGAACUCCCUUCUGAAAUCAGGGUUUAAUUACAGGAAAUUAGAAAUUUAUUUCUGAAAUUGUUACUCAUAAUUUUCCUCUUUUCAUAAUCACUGAAAAAUAUAGUUGUGCCAAAUGUAACUUGCUAUAUGGGCACCAGGGUAAUUUCAGAAUCAGAAUGGGGCUGCCAAGUAGACCAAAGCUUUGGUGCAGGUUUCAUUAUCAUAAUACCUUGAGUGAAACUAAAAAAGACUGAAGAAAUUUAAAAACAUGACAAGCUUGUUUUAUUUCUGCUCAUUUAUCAAGAUUUUGAUUAAUAAAGUAUUUACAAAGAGAGGUUGGGGUAAGCUUUAGACUCUACUUUCUACUUAAAUUUAAGCAUCACUGUGGAGUCAAGAGGCUCCCAACCUUAGAUAUCACAAGUAAGCUCUGGACCAGUACAAUAUGCAGGUCUCCUGGAUGACACAGCAGUCUCUGAUGUUCAAUCAAAAGAUGCAAAACCCAUCCUCCAUAGCAGUUCCAACCCCUUCUGAUUCGCUGGCUCUGCAGUGUGGAAAGGUGGGAUGCCAGAUGAGAAGAGAUGUUUACCUAAGAGGUUACAUCCUAGGAGGGAAAGUAUAAGUUCAAGGAAUGAGGAAUUUGGGGGUCACUCCUCCCUACUGGAACUCUAGAACUAUAUUAAGUAUUUAAAGCUGGAAAUCCAGAACCAUGGUACUAUAUAGAACCUGAUCAGCAUGGUAGGUUUUAUUAUAGAUUUCUGCAAUGACAAUAGUAUUUAAAUGUAAUUGCAAAUGGUAGCCCAAAAAGAGAAUAUUUUGAUUUUUAUAGCAAGUAGAAAUACUAGAAGAAUAUUUAAAAAUAUUCCUGAUCAUGAAAGUAUUCAUCAUUGAAAGAAGAUACGAAUAAAAAUUCAGGCAAGUUUGGAUGCUGGACAAUGUUUACCAUGCCCUUCAUUUCUUUCUUAUGAUUGGGCUUUGAGUCAGGGCGUCAAGAAGUAAAUGUGUCGUGUUUCCCUCCACUUGAACGGUCACUGUCACCCUUCAGAUUCUAGUGAGAGCAGGAAGGAAGGAAAUGGAGCAAUGAGUCGAAUGAGAAUGGGAGAUUAUAGGAGAGGAGAGAGGAGAGAAGAAUUGAGCAGGAAGAGAUGGGGACUGAUGGUAGCUAAGAAGGAGGGGAGCAGAAAAAAGGACGUGAAUGCCAUCCAACUCUUCUCCCCAGACUUGGAUACUGUUUCAGGAAAAGUUCCAUUUUAUCCAAGGGUGUCAACCCGGCUAAAUAGUGUGUAGCUUUUCAGAAUCUUCUGAUGUUUGAUCUUUAACAAAUAUACAUCAUAUAUUUGCUAAAAAUAAACUUAAAAAACAUAUAAUAAUAAUUUCAACUCCUUCUAAGGAGUGGUUAAAAUGAACCAAGUGAUAGUUUUGAUGUUUUUGUUUUUUCUUAUUUUUAAUACAGCCAAAAAGAAUAUGCACAUAUUUUCAUUAACACUAUGGUUCUGUGUAAUUUAAACCAUAAACUGGUGCUGAUUAAUUUCUGCAACAAAGCAGCAUGUUAAAUGUACUGUAUCUAGU